GCAGAGUAACUGAGAGCUGAGAGGGAGAAGACACUUCCAUUCUUUUAGUGCAGUGGGCUGAGGCAAAAAGGCCAUUGUAAUGGUAAAUCGCAUGCAGAAAGGAAGAAAAGACUGAUAAUCAAUCACAAAUGAAGCAUUCGUUUGGAUUUUGGCAAUUUACUGGCCGGGGGCUUUUAAAUCCAUAAACUUUUUCUUUUUUUUUUUUUUUCUUUAUUUUUUUUCCUUUCUUUCUUUUUUUUGCCCCCAUCUUUAAAAGCAGUUUUGAUCUGCCUAAAGCAGGAAGAGAAAUCUUUCCCGAGCUCUCAUGCUCAGAGUAGCUGGGAAUGGGGAGAGCUCAGUGCUGAAACUAAAAUCCCGGUGGAGAAGCGGCGCAGUGAAAUGUGGAUGGGGCUGUUUUUAACCCAUCACCUUGGACUCCGGCUCUGAAGCAGAACUUUCCACCUCAGGCUCUUCUUGUUCCUCCUGUUCAGGGAUGACUUGCGGUGGGCUUCUGGGGACUUUGAUUUCCGAGCUGGUCCUUCUGUGACUGCCUGAGUGGGUUUUGUGUUUGCCUGAGUAUGUGAUUAGGACAGAUGAGGAUGCUAGACAACAUUAACAGCAGCAUAUCCCCUUCAGAGUGCAGCAUCACCCACAAGGGAAGAUACAUCUACCUGGAGGCACUGCUGCACGGAGGUGCUCCAUGGGGAUUCACGCUGAAGGGCGGGCUGGAGCACGGAGAGCCAUUAAUCAUCUCCAAGAUUGAAGAGGGAGGGAAGGCAGAUUCCCUGCCUUCCAAGCUGCAGGCUGGGGAUGAAGUGGUGAACAUCAACGAGGUGGAGCUGAGCAGCUCCAGGAGAGAGGCCAUCUCCCUGGUGAAAGGCUCCUACAAGAAGCUGAAGCUUGUCGUCCGCAGGGACACCCAUGCAGCACAGGGAUGCUCAGAGCUGUCUCCCAGCCCGGACUGCGUGACCACUGACCUGCAGCCCGGCAAAGCCACGUGGGCAGCAGGAGUCAAGCUACGGCUGAAGACCAGGCGGAGCGAAACGCCGGGCCGACCUCACUCCUGGCAUUCCAGCAAACUCGCGGAGAACCAGCCCGAUCCCAGCAUGAUGCAAAUAUCUCAGGGCACGCUUGGCACCCCUUGGCAUCAGUCCUACCACUCCAGCUCCUCCACCAGCGAUCUCUCGGCGUACGAGCAUGGCUACCUGAGGAGGAGCCCCGAUCAGUACAGCUCCCGGGGCAGCAUGGAGAGCCUGGACCACUCCUCCCCUGCCUACCACCCUUGCCACCUGUCCCCGGCCAAAUCCACCAACAGCAUCGACCAGCUCUCCCACCUGCACAGCAAGAGAGACUCUGCCUACAGCUCCUUCUCCACCAACUCCAGCAUCCCCGAGUACCCCGCGGCCCCGGCGGGCAAGGAGCCCUCGUGCUCCGCAGUGGGGCUGCCGGAGGGCAUGCGGCAGGCCGACAUCCGCUACGUCCGGACGGUCUACGACGCGCAGCAGCGCAUCUCGCAGGAGUACGAGGUGAAGCCCUCGGCCCUGCUCCCCGGCGGGGACGGCCGCGGCCACGGCAGGCUCCACGCCUUCGGCCGGCACAACGCCGCCUCCUCCUGGGCGCAGCCGGCGCAGGGCCCCUCGGACAGCAAGAGCCAGCCGCCCCUGCCUCCCGCUCGCAGCGACAGCUACGCGGCCAUCCGGCACCACGAGAGGCCCGGCUCGGGCACCGGCCUUGAGCCCAGCAAGCCCGGCCGGGGCCAGCCCAAAGGGGCCUGGGCGCCGCUCGUCAGCUCCCUGCCGCAGGGGCCGCUGCUGAAGCCGCCCUUCGGAGAAGGGCACCUGCACACCGUGGUGGAGAAGAGCCCGGAGAGCAGCCCCACCAUGAAGGCCAAGCAGAGCUUUUCCCAGGCGGCCCAGCCAGGGCAGCCCCUGCUGCCCACCGGCGUCUACGCCGUUCCCUCCCCGGAGCCGCACUACGCCCAGGUGCCCAGGCCUUCCGCCGGCAGCACCGGCACGCUUUACCCCGCUCUGGCCAAAGAAAGCGGCUACUCCCCAGCCCUCCCGGCCUCCUGCGACAAGGCCGAGGCCGGCGGCACCCUGCCCUUGGAUGAGAAUGGAAACCAAAGCACUACGAACAGGUCGACCAUCUUCUACCAGCCCCCUGCCACUGAGAGAAAGCACGAAGCCAAACUCAUCCAGCAGAAACCUCCCAGCGCAGCGGGCCCGGAGCUCGGCCCGGCUGUGUCGCGGAAGGAGGAGCUGCUGCCCCUUUACAAGGCAGCACACAGCCACCGAGAGACCACCGGUACCACACAGACCUCCAGGCCCCUUUUCCAGGGUCCACAACCCCAGCCGAGGGAUGCUAGUGAGAGGAAAAACCAUUACCAGCCCAACGAGGACUGGACACCUGGAUCCCAGGAGGAGAAAAAUGGUAACACACAGGUAAACGAGAGAGACACUGGUGCUGCCCACCCAUGGGGUCACAGCAAGGCCAAGCAGUAUGGCUUCUCUUCCUUACAGAACAUCCCAGAGAGCUCCAGGAGGCAAAGCAGCUCUGACCUAAGGGAGACACAACCAGGUGAGGGUUAUUCCAGCACCAGACUGUCCUUCCUGAACAGCAGCAGCAGAGAGGAGAAGGAUCACAGAGAGCAGGGGCACAGACAGUGGAGUGAUGUGGACUCCCAGGCCUUCACGAGGCAGGAGGAGGACGGCACGAGCAUGGCUCUGUUCCAUGCUGCUGAGCCAAAGUGCAAAGAGCCCCCUUCUCCUCAGCUCCCAAAGCCCUCAGAUUUCGGGAGGAGCCGGCUCAGCUCUAGCAGCACCCCAAGCUUUCCCUACAGCAAACCAGAGGCUGGCAAGUCCCGCUGCUCAGUGCUGGAGAAGGUCAACAAGUUUGAGCAGCGGGAGCAGAGCGCUCCCCGGCCCCAGAGCGCCGGCGUUCCCAGCUUCGGCCAGCACUAUGGGCCGAGCAGGACGAGCCAGCCUGCUGGCAUGAGGUGCUCUGUGCACAGCCCAGAGGACAUGAGAAGCAAGCUGCCCGGUGAGCCAGGCAGGGGCUCCAGCCCCUCCAUCAGGAACGGGAAGCUGGAAGAGGCUGACUGGCGCCCCGUCGAGCUGCAGAUGGUGGCUGCAGUGAAGCAGGCAAGACCCAGCGAGUACUAUGGCCUGUGUCCUGAGAACGAGGUGCAAAUAAGGGCGCCUCAGCUUCCUCGGAGUAGGAGCACAUUGCAGCUGGGAGGCGAGCCUGAGAAGGAGAUCCUCUGGAAGGAUAACAUCCAGGAUGCGCACGGGUCGCAGCUGGACACGUCGUUCAAUAGGGCCUACAGGAACAGCAUCAAAGAUGCUCAGUCCAGGGUGCUGAGGGCCACCUCCUUCCGGCGGAUCAGCCCCCCGUUCGGGAACGCGCCCAAGAGGGUGGACAUGGGGCUGCUCCGGGAGCGCUCCCACAGCUCCUACCUGCAGCUGGCUGGCCCCGACAGCCAGAGCCUUUCCUCCACCUCCAGCAUGAAUUCCCUCCAGGACCAGAACCUGUACCGCCGCAGGGAGUCCAUGGAGCGGAUAUCCAGGACGGGACGCAUGUCUUCCACCCUUCCUCCUGGGCUGAUGGACUGCUUGGACACGAGCGGAGAUGAGAAGGUGCCAGGGCGCCAGGACAGCCUGGUCACCGGCCGGCCCAAAGCAGAGAGGUGCUGGGAGCACAGACCCAGAUCGGAUCUCACCAAAAGCACGCAGACAGACCUGCUGGGCAUGCAGGGCCAGCCCCGCUACAGGAAGCAGGAGCAGGUCUUUGAAACCCCCUCCACCACCAGGAAAUCUGGGAAAUCGGUGUCUGUGGAAGACUUGCUGGAUAGGUACGACAAUCAGCCGGUCCCCGUGCACGUGCGCUCCAGGUCGUCUCCCACGGCGGAUAAGAAACACCAGGAGCUGCUGAGGAGGGAGAGCAGCGAGUUUGGUGCCAUGGUGAGGGAUCCCUGCUACGUGCUCGGCGCAGGAGCCAGGUCUUUCAGCAAGAAAGAAAGAAGCCACUCAGAGAAAAUGGCGUUCACCAGUUACUAUCCCCAUCCCCUCCGCAGCACAGAGCUUGUCGCCGGGCCUGCCACGCUGGUUGAGAGUCACAAGCUCUCAGAACUUUCCAGGCCAGAUAGCAGGACUUCUGCAUUUUUCCCAGCCCCAACAGAGGCAAGGAGUCACUAUCCUGAGCAAAAACAAGGCUUUAAACCCUUGUUCCUUAACCUUACUCCUUCUGGGCCUGGCCACUCUUCCCCUAACACACCCGGCCAGGCUCCCGCAGACUUGCAGAGCACAGGUGGCAGCCAGGCUCCGAGACAGCACCAUGCCAAACGAGAGGCUGCUCCCCCUGAGGGCAGCGGGAGCACUCAGGCACAGCCUCUGGAUGCUGCCCAGGACAGAUCCCCCGAGACUGCCACGGAGGAGAUGCUGUGGAGGAGGAAAGCGGGGCUGCUGCACAGGUCCCUCUCUGCCCGAGCUCCGCUCUUGCACUUCUGCCAACGGCACGGAGGAAUUGCCGCCUCCUGCCCCUCCUGCUGAGGGGAACGGGGCAGCUGGAGACAAAUCCCCCUGGCUCCCAGAGGAGGCCGGUGUGAGCAGCUUCAAAAGCUUUCCCAAAGCCCUGGCUGAGAGGGAGACCACAGGGUUGGGCACCAGCACCAGUGAAAAUAACUGGCCAACCCCAUUAAAGAGGACUGGCUCUCCAUCUGCUGUGGAUCAGCAGCACCAGUCCCCUGCUUCUCCUGAAGGGCCUCAGAGCACUGACAGACAGCCCAUAACUCAGCCUGGAGGUAACUCCAGAGAGCCAGCAUUGGAAAAUGCCAGCCUGGACUCUGGGAUAACCAGCACAGCACCCCCAGUGAAGGCAAAGAGCAAGACCCCAGAGGAUAUUAAGUCAGAGGCUCUAGCAAAAGAAAUUGUCCAUAAAGACAAGUCUCUGGCUGAUAUCCUGGAUCCAGAUUCCAAAAUGAAAACUACCAUGGACUUGAUGGAAGGGAUUUUCCCCGGUGGAAGCAGCGUGCUGAAGGAGAACAACAUGAAGAGGAAGAUGUGGCAGACACAGGCCAGCAGGACGGCGGCGGCGGGUGACACGAGAGAGGAAAGGGAAGCUCCUGUCACCCUGGUCACCUGUCCUGCUUACUACAGCGUUUCAGCACCCAAAGCAGAACUGCUGAAUAAAAUCAAGGACUUGCCAGAAGAAGUAGGUGAGGAAGAAGAGCUGCUGGACAUCAAUGAGAAAAAGGCUGAGCUCAUCGGGAGCUUGACCCACAAACUGGAAAUCCUGAAGGAAGCCAAGGAGGGCCUGCUCGAGGACAUUAAGAUGAAUAAUGCUCUCGGGGAGGAGGUGGAGCUGUUGAUCAGCACGCUGUGCAAACCCAACGAGUUUGACAAGUACAAGAUGUUCAUUGGCGAUCUGGAUAAGGUGGUGAACCUCCUGCUCUCGCUCUCGGGACGCCUGGCGCGCGUGGAGAACGUCCUGAGCAGCCUGGGGGACAGCGCCAACAGCGAGGAGCGGAGUUCCCUGAACGAGAAGCGGAAGCUGCUGGCUGGCCAGCACGAAGACGCCCGGGAGCUCAAGGAAAACCUCGACCGUCGGGAACGGCUGGUCCUGGACAUCCUGGGCAACUACCUCUCUGAGGAGCAGCUCCAGGACUACCAGCACUUUGUCAAGAUGAAGUCUGCGCUCCUCAUAGAGCAGCGGGAGCUCGACGACAAAAUCAAACUGGGCCAGGAGCAGCUCAAGUGCCUGAUGGAAAGUCUCCCCACGGACUUCACACCCAGGGAUGCAGCAGCAGCAGCUGCCCUGGCUGCUGCACUUGCUACCUCCGCCGGGGCCGGUGGUAAAACACCUCCAGCAGCCUCUUCCUCGCUCUAACCUGGCCCAGGUGGAGCUGGGGUGCAGCCCUGCCCGAGUCCCUUUAGUCCCUUACUUGGCAGGUGCUCCUCUUCAAAGGCCAUGGACAGAGACAGGUCUAAACCAAGAUUUUAAUGAAGGAAAAAAGAAUAGCAAUAAUAAAGGUUUUCUUUUCCUUUCCUUCCACCUCUACUUCCUGGAAACUUAAAUCGUUGUGGAGGGAAAUCUCCUCCUGCCCAAGAUGAGGAAGAAUCUCACAGGAACUAAACACAUGACCUUUAAUAAAAAACAUGACCUCCUCUCUUCCCUCCCUUUUCUGCCUACCUGACACCUCAUUAAAUAAUGAAGGAUCUAAGAAUGAAGCCUUAAAAAUAAAACCAACCCAUUUUACUGAACAUUAUUGAUAUUUAUAUUUUUUAAAGAACAAGACCGAAUGUGUAAGCUUUUGUACAUACUCUAAUCAGUUACUUGAUUCUACUUUGUUCUGUAUGUAGAAAAGACAUUUAAUUUUGUAUUUUGUGAAGACCUUAACAAAAAGAGGGAACCCCAAAGAUAGUCAUGCAGUAGCUUGAAACAUCUCAUCGUGGUUUUGUUGCUGUUGUUGUGGUUGUUUUUUAAUAUAAUAAAGGGCUACCAGAAGCAGCUUCA